AUGGCCUCUGCUUGUGCCGAAUCGAUCUACAAACACUUUCAGACUGAUUUGACAGAUACCACCAUACUUGUCAAAGCCAUGGACAUGCAAGAAUCACUGAUCAUCACUGACGGCCCAGCACCUCAAAUCAUGCGGAUCGAUGCCAAGUACAGUCAAAAAUCAAAGAACAUCGAGAUUCAAAUCACUUCUGGUGGCAAGGACGGACAACCUACUAAGAUGCAUGCGAAGACCACUGUGGUUCUCAACGACGUGCAAAAGGAAAAGAAAGAUCUACAGUCAAAACUUGGCCCAGUUAUGCCCAAGAUACAACAGGUCAAGGACGAUGUAUCAGAAGGCCUUGCAGACCGUUUCACGACCUCCAUGGCCUAUAGAAUGGUGGCUUCUCUUGCACAUUAUGACGAUUCUCACAAGGGUGUAAAAGAGUCCUGUCUCAAUUCGUCGACCAUGGAAGGACAUUCAAUAAUCGCAACACCGGAACGUCACCGUCUCCAAGGCGAUUUUUCAGUCCACCCAUGCGUUUUCGAUUCCAUACUACAGCUCGCAACCUUCGUUACUAAUGCCCACGAAAAUUCCAAAUUUGAGCAAGAGGUCUAUGUCGUUAAGGGUUGGGAUAACAUGUUCAUUGACCAGCGUUUGAGCUUGAAGGAACAGUACGAGACCUAUGUGAAGAUGAACACUAGCAACAAGGAAGUUGGUGUUGGCGACAUUCUGAUCACGAAAGGCGGGAACUUGAUCGGCUGCAUUGAAGGAGUCCGUGUAACACGCGUCCCACGCCGCCUCAUGGACGUCAUGUUCAAGCCAAAGACUGAAGCUCCUUCAGCUCGUCAACCUGCAAAGCAGAAUGCCGAGUUGCAAGCCAUUGCCACCGAGAUGCGCAAGAAGCCGGCUGGCCCUUCAAAGCUGGAUAGAGCUCUCGCUAUCAUCUCAGAGGAGUCCGGUAUCUUAAUUCCAGAGAUGAAGGAUGGAGAUUUUUUCGCCGAUCUCGGUAUUGACUCCCUCCUUAUUCUAGUCAUCGCCAGUCGAUUCCGUGAAGAAUUGACCCUCGACCUUUCUGCAUCUUUCUUCGUCGACGUUGACUCUAUUGGUGCGAUCAGAAAAUACUUUAAUGACCUCGAAUCUCCUGAGGAGAUUGUCGAGGUGCCAGUCACAGCCACUGCCACUGAAGUACCAACGACAGAUGGUCCCUUGAAACUUGACACAGCUCUGUCCAUCAUUGCCGAAGAAUCUGGCAUUUCCAUACCAGAGAUGAAGGACGAAGACUACCUAUCCGAUCUCGGAAUCGAUUCCCUCCUACUCUUAGUGAUCGCCAGCCGAUUCCGCGAAGAAUUAAGCCUCGAUCUCUCCGCCUCCUUCUUCGCAGAUGUGGACUCCAUCGGCGCGAUCAAGAACUACUUCAAAAGCCUAGACGCCCCAUCAACAGGUGCCAUCACCCCUGAAAGCCAAGAUGAUAGCGACUCGGCAUCCUCCCAAUCAGGAAGAUCUACACCCUCAGAAGCAACCACCGCAUCUGAGGCACCAGAACCUACGCCCGCACCCAAAAAUCCCAACGCCAAACCCCCGCGCUCCACUUCCAUCCUCCUCCAAGGCACCAUUACUCCCACCACCAAGACCAUGUUCCUCUUCCCCGACGGCUCCGGCUCCGCAACUUCUUACAUGCACCUUCCACGCGUCGACUCCUCCGUCGCCGUCGUCGCCAUGAACUGCCCCUACAUGACCACCCCCACGCAAAUGACCGGCACCUUCGAAGACAUCACCGCCCUCCUCCUGGCCGAAGUCCGCCGACGACAGCCCCACGGACCCUACUACAUCGGCGGCUGGUCCGCCGGCGGCGCAUUCGCGCACUACGCCGCUCGCAUGCUAAUAGACGCUGGCGAGGAAGUCAAAGCCCUACUCCUGAUCGACGCACCUGCCCCUAUCGGCCUUGGCAAGCUGCCCGAAUCCUUCUUCAAAUACUGGCGCGAGAUCCACCAGCCGGGCGGAAUCGCGCAAGAUCACGGAUUUCAGCACCAAGGGGUGGGAGGGCCUGGUGGAGGGCCAGAUACAGAUUGA